UUAGUCUGUUCCCUUAACAUAAUUUUAUUAAUUGUAUUAAUUAAUAUUGCACUUUUAGCAGGUGUAAACAGUUUUUAGUGCAGCCAUGUGCCUCUGUGUUACCAGUGAUUUGGUGCAACUGUAUUUGAUUUUAUGUAGAACAUGCUUUCUUUUCCCUCAGGAGGAACCAGAAGAGCUGUCUGAUAGUGACUUUGAAAGUCCAGUCUGCCGGAGAAGACGAGUGCAUCAUGCGUUGCCUACAACACCAGGUGAAAGUGAGGCCAAGCAUCAGGAAACAGAGGGCUGCAUUCAGGAGAGUGAAAAUGAGGGACAGGCAGAGGGACAGCAGAUGUUUCCAUAUAAUGUGGCAGAAUUUGUCCCUAUUUUUCUGGAGGAAGAUGAAGCUCUUGAAGAGGCAAUUCAGCGUAGCCUCCUAGAAGAGUCUGAUAGACAGAGUGAAGUUCAUAUUUCAAGGUCUUUUAAGAAGCUCAGCAAAGAAGAAAUUGAAGGUCAUGGUGAACAUGAGGAACAAGACAACUCCAUAUCAGUCGAGCCAAUGUGUGGUCGACUGCUUUGCGUCAGUUCAAGAGACCCAAGUUUGCAGAAAGCUGUGAGAUGCUUUAUGUCACAUUUGCAAGCGAUGAACAUGAUACAGAGGAAGAUGCUGCUGACCUUGGGGGGCCAAGGCGGGAGUUUUUCCGUUUACUGGUGAAGGCCAUCUUUCAGGACAGUGGUGCUUUUGAAGCUACACCAAAUGGAUGCACACUGAAAUUUAACAUCCUACACUUGCAAAAUGGAGUAUAUCGAACCAUUGGCAGGAUGUUGUCCACGAUAAUAGUGCAAGGUGGAGAAGCACCAGCCUUUCUCUCUCCACAUGUAGUAGACUACAUUGUGUCAGGAGACAUUCUUCAAGUACACCUAACACCGGAUGAUAUAGGUGACCCUGAGUUAAGAGAGAAUCUGAAAAAGGUUGUAAAUGCAACAACUCAACAUGAUUUGGAGAAAGCAGUCAGCUGCUGCGACUCAUGGCGAUAUCAAGUUGAAGGUCUUCCACUCACAGUCACCAUGGCCAAUAAAGAUCUGUUUGUGAAAAAUGCAGCUCUAUACCUUGCAGUCCUGCAACGGCAAAGCUGUUUCGAUCAACUAACUGAUGGCUUGUCCUACUAUGGAGUGAGAUUUAUAUUUUUUCUGUAUCAAUUGGUCAUUAUUUUAUAAUAAUGACCAAUUGAGUGAGCUACUUCUUGUAUUUAAAACUGGAAUUUAACCAUUAUUUAAACUUUUCUGUCUUUAUCACUCCUGAGAGAGAACCCCAGUUUGCGUGUUCUGCUUGACCUAUCGGGGGAGGACAAAGAUCUGACAGCCAGUUUAAUUGCUGGGGUUCUCAGGCCAAGCUAUUCUGUCCUUGGGAGCAACAGAAGAGUUAGAGAGGAGCUGAUGGUGG